UGACAAAUUGAAAGAGCGUACGGGGGACAAAGCUGUAAUUUCGGCGGCAGCAAUCUUGGGAUGUAAAGAAUAUCCUUUGGGCAAAACUAUGAUGCUUCCAGAGACAUGAAAAUCUUAGCCCCAACACUUAUUAACUGAGGAUACCUUUCCCUCUCCAUUUCUCUACUAAGGAUUUUAUCUCUGCCAAGCAUCGCCCUCUUCUCGAGGUGACCCUUUUAGCUUCGGAACUUGCUUUUGUUGUAAUAUUUGGUGAAAUUCUUAGUUCCAAAAGUUGAUUCUUGUACUAUAUAUAUAGUGACCAUUUUAGUUCCAGAUGUAAAGCUGCUUUAAAUUUCUUGGUGACGCUUUCAUGUGUUCGGCUUUAUGUAGUCAACUAAGUAUUUCCUUUUCUAGUCUGUUGUCUACCAAAGUUCGGCUCUUACCUUCUUUUGCAGGUUUAAGAAAGUUGGUAGGCUCAAGUCGAGAUGGCUAUCAUUGCACAUUUACUUUCUACAACUUGUUCUUUAGAUGUCUCUUCCAGCAACAAGCUGCAUUUCAAGUCAAUUAACCAAUGCUCUACUCCUAUUCCAACAUCUUUUAAUAUGGGAAUCUCGUUUUUACCCUUGAAAAACCUAAGUUUGCAAAGCAAAAGGUCUGCAAAAUAUGUGAUCAGAACUUCAGUUGUUUCCAUGAGCCAAAAAGCCAAAACCCAUAAUGACUCUGGCUCUCAACAGACCGCUGAUGGAGCCUCCUCUAGGAAGAAGGUCAUGGUCAUUGGUGGUGAUGGCUAUUGUGGCUGGGCUACUGCUCUCCACCUAUCCAACAAAGGAUAUGAAGUUGCCAUUGUUGACAACCUUAUCCGUCGCCUAUUUGACGACCAGCUUGGUCUAGAUUCUCUAACACCCAUCUCAUCUAUCCAUAAUCGCACAAGGCGUUGGAAAUCACUCACAGGGAAAGACAUUCAACUGUUUGUUGGUGAUAUAUGUGAAUUUGACUUCUUGGCAGAAGCCUUCAAAUCCUUUCAACCUGAUGCUGUUGUCCAUUUUGGAGAGCAGAGGUCUGCACCUUAUUCUAUGAUUGAUAGGUCAAGAGCUGUUUAUACCCAACAUAAUAAUGUGAUAGGGACACUUAAUGUACUAUUUGCCAUAAAGGAGUUUAGGGAAGAGUGUCAUUUGGUCAAACUCGGGACAAUGGGGGAAUAUGGGACCCCUAACAUAGAUAUUGAAGAAGGUUAUAUAACUAUCACUCAUAAUGGAAGAAAAGACACUCUUCCUUAUCCCAAGCAAGCAAGCUCUUUCUAUCAUUUGAGUAAAGUCCAUGAUUCCCACAACAUAGCCUUUACUUGCAAGGCAUGGGGAAUCAGAGCUACUGACUUGAACCAGGGAGUUGUAUAUGGGGUGAGGACUGAUGAAACUGCAAUGCAUGAGGAGCUGGUUAACCGACUUGAUUAUGAUGCUGUAUUCGGAACUGCAUUAAAUCGAUUCUGUGUGCAGGCUGCUGUUGGACAUCCACUUACGGUGUAUGGUAAAGGAGGGCAGACCAGGGGAUAUUUAGAUAUUAGAGAUACAGUUCAAUGUGUUGAGAUUGCAAUUGCCAAUCCAGCACAACCAGGAGAAUUCCGGGUUUUCAACCAAUUCACAGAACAGUUUUCUGUAAAUACGCUUGCAGCCCUUGUCACCAAGGCAGGCGAAAAACUUGGCCUUGAGGUGAAGACCAUAUCAGUGCCCAAUCCAAGAGUAGAAGCAGAGGAACACUACUACAAUGCCAAACAUACUAAACUAAUUGAGCUGGGCCUACAACCUCACCUUCUUUCUGAUUCUCUUCUUGACUCACUAUUGAACUUUGCUGUUCAAUUUAAGGAUCGUGUUGACGCAAAGCAGAUAAUGCCUAGUGUUUCUUGGAAAAAAAUUGGGGUGAAGCCAAGGACGGUUGCAGCAUAAAUCACUCAGACAAUUAUAAAAAGACUCAAGAGUUCUCAUUUGUCAUUUUAAGUAGGAGCUGUAGUAUUUUUAUAACGCCUUGCACACUAUUAUGUUGUAAUUUUGGGGAGUAUUUAUUGUAUUCAGAAGCUUGUGAAGGUUGUUGAUGUCUUCAGGACGUGUUUCAAGCCUGAAACUUAUAUGUGGAGUACUUGUCAAUUUAGUUUUCACUACA